AGCAGAAAACUUGAGUUCAGCAAUCCAUUUUAUCAGUGUUUGAAACACAAAGCGGCAAAUAGCAUUUAUAAGUGUUUGCGAUUGAAACAUUUUAUUAACUCUUACAGUUCCCGAUGCUGUCCAGAGCCUUUUUUCAUCAUGAAAAAUGCAUGCAAAGCAUUUUCAAGGUACUCAGAUGGACAAAACACUAAACACAGGAUGUUCCUACCAAGCUUGUCACACAUUAUAAUGACCAAUUCACACCUCAGACCUCUCCCACCCUUGGAAACAAAAGAUAUGUUAAUGACCAUUCACACCUCAAAUUCCUCAUGA